AUGGCCCCGACGAACUUGCUUGCCGGCAAGACUGCCAUCAUCACGGGCGGCACCACUGGCAUUGGAAAGGCUAUUGCGUUGGAAUACAUAAAGCAGGGUGCCAACGUUGUCGUAAACCAUUUGGGUCUUGAAAAGGACCAGCCCCACCUUGAUGCUCUCGUUGCCGACGCCGCUGCUGCAAAGCAAGAGAACCCCAACGCGGGUCGUCUGGCCGAUAUAAUUGGUGAUGUUCGCGAGCCCGAGACGGCAGCAAAGUUGGUAGCCCGUGCCGUCGAGCAUUCCGGCAACGCCCGUCUAGACAUCUGCGUCUCCAAUGCUGGCAUCUGCACAUUUGCCGAGUUUCUCGAGCUGACUCCGGACCUGUUCACCAAGACAGUCCGUACCAACCUCGACGGCGCCUUCUAUGUCGUACAGGCAGCCGCUCGCCAGAUGAGCCAGCAAUCGCCCGCCGGUGGCAGCAUCAUUGGCAUCUCGUCCAUCUCCGCCCUCGUCGGUGGCGGCCAGCAGACCCAUUACACCCCAACCAAGGCUGGUGUACUCAGCCUCAUGCAGAGCACUGCCGUUGCCCUGGGAAAGUACAAUAUUCGCUGCAAUGCUCUGCUCCCCGGUACGAUCAAGACACAGCUCAACGAGGAGGACCUGGCCGACGAUGCCAAGCGGGCCUACACGGAGGGCCGCAUUCCACUGGGCCGCACCGGCGUGCCGUCCGACCUCGCCGGGCCCGCCGUCUUCCUAGCCUGCGAAUACCUGAGUGGUUAUGUGACUGGCGCGCAGUUGCUGGUCGACGGCGGCCUCUUUGUUAAUCUUCAAUAA